AUGACCUCCACCAGACUGUACUCGAAAGGCCGCGUCUUGGGACACAAGCGUGCUAAGCGCAACUCCCGCCCCAACACCUCUUUGAUUCAGAUCGAGGGUGUAGCAACCAAGGAGGAGGCACAGUUUUAUCUUGGAAAGCGUAUCGCAUACGUCUACAAAGCCAAGCGGGAAAUCCAAGGCUCGAAGGUGCGAGUAAUCUGGGGGCGUGUUACCCGUCCACACGGCAGCUCUGGUGUCGUCAAAUCAAAAUUCCGAUCCAACCUUCCUCCCCGUGCGUUUGGUGCUAGUGUCCGGGUGAUGCUCUAUCCUUCGAACAUCUGA